CCGGCCUCCGCUGGCUGCUAGGGGUGAAGCUGCUGCCGGCACUGGCAGCUGCCUGGGAAGGCUCACUCUCUGCAGGAGUCUCGACUUCCUCCCCCGAUCCAGAUCUCCUUGCUGUCCCGGGGACGCCAACGGAUCUUCUCCCGGAUUCUUUUCCUUAACCUGCUGAUUUUCUUUUUCCUUCCUCCCUGGCCCCUGUCUCCCAACUCCGUUUCCCUAUCCCUUCUCCCGGCCCCGUAGCCGGUCAUCCUAAGCACCCCACCUGCCGUCCUCUUGGCUUUUGCCCCUCCUUGACCUCAAAUCCCUUAAUUAACAAGUCCUCGUCAUAACCUCCUCACCAGACUCUCCUAAACUCAUUAUUUCUUCUUUCUUUGCCAGCUCCUGACUCUCAAAUUCCCGCUAACCCCUGACCUCUUGACAUUUGACCCUGACAUUCUUGACUACAGACGUCUAAAUCUCUACCUCCUGUAGCCUGGACUGCUGGAACUGAGAUUUUCCCUUGAUUUUCUGACCCUCUUUCUAAAGCUCAUUUUAACUUUCUUACUCCUGGGCCAGUUCCUGCUACUGCUACCCACCAUGGACUUCUUGAUGAGUGGCCUGGCAGCCUGCGGAGCCUGUUUGUUCACCAAUCCCCUGGAGGUGGUGAAGACUAGGAUGCAGCUGCAGGGAGAACUGCAGGCCCCUGGCACCUACCAACGGCACUACCGAAACGUCUUCCAUGCCUUCAUCACCAUCAGCAAGGUGGACGGCCUGGCUGCCCUGCAGAAGGGCCUGGCCCCUGCCCUCUUAUACCAGUUCCUGAUGAACGGCAUCCGGCUGGGCACCUACGGGCUGGCUGAAGCUGGGGGCUACCUGCACACAGCUGAAGGCACCCACAGCCCUGCCCGCAGUGCAGCAGCUGGGGCUCUAGCUGGGGUCAUGGGAGCCUACUUGGGGAGCCCUAUCUACAUGGUGAAGACACACCUACAGGCACAGGCAGCCUCAGAAAUUGCUGUAGGGCACCAGUAUAAGCAUCAGGGCAUGUUUCAGGCGCUAACCAAGAUUGGCCAGAAACAUGGUCUGCUGGGGUUGUGGCGUGGGGCCCUGGGCGGCCUGCCCCGAGUUAUCGUCGGUUCCUCCACCCAGCUGUGCACCUUCUCAUCCACCAAGGACCUCAUGACCCAGUGGGAGAUAUUUCCUCCCCAGACCUGGAAGGUGGCUCUGGCGGCUGCCAUGGUGAGUGGCAUUGCGGUGGUCCUGGCCAUGACACCCUUUGACGUGGUCAGCACAAGGCUCUACAAUCAGCCCACAGAUGCUCAGGGCAAGGGCCUCAUGUACCGGGGGUUGCUGGACGCUCUGCUGCAGACGGCUCGGACAGAAGGCAUUUUUGGCAUGUACAAGGGCAUAGGUGCCUCCUACUUCCGCCUUGGCCCCCACACCAUCCUCUCUCUCUUCUUCUGGGACCAGCUGCGCACGCUCUACUACACUUACACCAAAUAACAACAGCCACUCCUCCACACUCCACCAAAUCAGCACUCCUUGGACACUCCAUUACCACGGUGUGGUGACUUCUGACCAGAUGACCUGCCAUGGUCCAUCUGAGGGGGAACAGCCAACCCUAUACCCCAUCUGUUUUCUCAGGGUUGAAUCACUACAAGGGAUAGUUUCCCUCUGUUCCUUGGGUGUCGCUUUAAACCCUCCCUACCUGUACCCCUGUACAUUUCACACCCCUCUCUCAGGGCUGAAUCAGUCACUCCAGAGUGUAUUUCCUCCCUUUCUCCACUGCCGGCCUCAAGUCCCUUCUGAUCCCAUGCACAAAUUUAAACUCCACCGUCCAAGACCAAAGGGAAUUGGGGGGACCAAGGUGUUCUGUUAGAUUCAAAGGCACAGAUAUUAUAUUGGAUAUAAAGCAAGUUUAUUUCUGCAGA